CCUCUGGCCCUUUUCCUUCCAAGUACCCUUCGCUAUCCACCCACCAACAGAGAUCACCACUUUAUCAGGCAAAUUCGCCUAUCAAGCACUCCUCUACCUUUGAUAAUGCCUUAUCACGGAAACCCUUUGGCCAGUCGCUCUAAUGCGCUCUAUGCCUCCUUCCUAAGCGAUAGAGCGUCUGGGAGGACGUCACAAUCAUCCCGAUACCCGUACGAACUCGACAUAGACACCUCUGAUGGUUAUAUACUGUCCUCCUGCGGCGAGAUAUCUCCCUCGGAGGAGUGUUAUCUACCGCCAUCGACGCAUCUAGAUAACGCCGCCGAUGGUCCCAACGGGUCCUCACUGAGGCGCCGUCGUCCACCUCCACCGCGGAAGAGCUCGUCAAGUGUGAAUCGAAAUGCCUAUGUCCGUACACCCAACUACACUACACUUCGCUUUUCCGAUCUCUCCAGUCCUGGAUCUCCAGCCACGGAGAGGGAAAGGUUCGACAAGUACCUCGAUGCGAUGAGAUCCCGCAAAGAACAGGAGAAAUCGACAGCCAAAUUCGCGACCGCGAAGCCAUCUUCACGAUCCGUUUAUAUGACGACCUCCCCUCGAGCCCCAUAUCACCAUACACCGAAACCAUCAUUGACCGUACGCACGACCGAUCUUUCCGUUCCAUUCACUGCGCGUCCUUCGCCUCUACGGCCAAAGGCAGCAGGGUCCUCUACCCCUAUGUCGGCUUCUCGUCUGGCAAGAAACGAGGACAAGCUCAUCAUCCUUCGAGUCACUCCCACACCUACGCUGUCGACGCCUGAGAAGAAUAGCACCUCGUAUAGUACCGCGUACAGCAUGGCUUCAAGCACAUACUACACGCCUUUUUCACAUUCAUCUAGCCUCGAGGCAUACACGCCCAGGCCUGUCGCAGUUUGAUCCACUCGAUACUAUUAUAUUGAUAGUUUAUUAAUAGGUAUUAUGUCUCCAUACUCUCACUUAUGCGAUUAUCCUGUCGUCGAUGUUGUACGUUCUUGUAUUCUCUCCGUUCUGUCCUGCUACGUUACUCCAUCAGAACUCUGCAGACGAUUGUAAGCUAGUGGACUACCUGUCCCGAUGUGUACGCAUUUACGCUGAACAAGCAUUGCACUCUGAUGGUUGAUCCUCGGUGUAAUCUAAUAUCUUA